CAAGCUUUGUUACCUGUGACUUAUAGCUGCAGUGUUGUAGAGGAGUGAGCAGUAGCAUCUGGAGUUGUGGUUUGAGUGAAGACCUUGCAGUUGACCAUGAGUCUUGGUUUGAUGUUUAGGCUACCUUGGAUUUGCCUUUUCUUCUUGACUGAUGUAGGCCUAUGCAGUCCUCAAGUUCAAGAAAACCUAAAUUCCCAUCAGGAGAAACUCAUUCCUGUGUGGACUUUCGGUCCGGCUCAGGAGGAUCAGAAGUCCAAGACGGUUGAGGCUCCAGCCCAAGAGCGUCCAGCAUGGAUUCAUACUGCCUCAACAUGGAUCGAGAUGCCACCAGCUCCAGUGAGCCAGGAAGUUCAGGAACCCAAGGUGCCUGAAGCUCCAGCCCAAGAGCCCCCAGCAUGGGCCCAGAUGCGCCCAACUCGGAUCAUGCCUACAGCUCCAGUGAACCAGGAACCCAAGGUGCCUGAAGCUCCAGCCCAAAAGCUCCCAGUGGACCAGGAACCCAAGGUGCCUGAAGCUCCAGCCCAAGAGCCCCCAGCAUGGGCCCAGAUGCGCCCAACAUGGAUCAUGCCUCCAGCUCAAGCUCCAGUGAACCAGGAACCCAAGGUGCCUGAAGCUCCAGCCCAAGAGCCCCCAGCUCCAGCCAAAGAGCGUCCAGCAUGGAUUCAUACUGCCCCAACAUGGAUCAAGAUGCCACCAGCUCCAGUGAGCCAGGAAGUUCAGGAACCCAAGGUGCCUGAAGCUCCAGCCCAAGAGCCCCCUGUAUGGGCCCAGAUGCGCCCAACUCGGAUCAUGCCUACAGCUCCAGUGACCCAGGAACCCAAGGUGCCUGAAGCUCCAGCCCAAGAGCCCCCUGUAUGGGCCCAGUUGCGCCCAGCAUGGAUCAUGCCUCCAGCUCAAGCUCCAGUGAACCAGGAACCCAAGGUGCCUGAAGCUCCAGCCCAAGAGCCCCCAGCAUGGGCCCAAAUGCACCCAAUUGGGAUCAUGCCUCCAGCUCCAGUGAACCAGGAACCCAAGGUGCCUGAAGCUCCAGCCCAAAAGCCCCCAACACUGGCCCAGAAACUCCCACAACAGAAUAAGCCUCCAGUGAGCCAGGCACCAGCCCAAACGCCACCGUCUCUGAUGACUCCAAUAGACCCUGUUGGGGGUAGUUUUGGCAGCUCCUUCAUGGAGGGUGUCGGUGGGGAGGCUACCUCUAAUGGUGGUGCUACUGAGGGUCCUUCAUCAGGGCGAGAGCGCUACCUUGUUAUCACAGAGCCCUUGGGUUUUCAAACCCGCUACGUGGUGAAGUCCUUCAAUCGUUAUGUGCGAGGAAAAAGGAUCUAUUCCCAAACCACCUACAUCCCUCUAGACUAUCCUCCUGCUUCCGAGCCUGCUCCUGUCCCCACUCUUCCUCCACAUGAAGCCCAGGUGGACCAAACUGUGAAGGCCACCCCUGCAAGAAAAGGAUAGGGUUGUCCAGUUUGUCUUCUGUGGUUUUGGACUUCAAUCCACAUGUAUAUGGGGCCUUGUUGUAUCGUCGCUUAAAGAAUAAACUUUCUUAAACUUUCUA